AUGUCGACAGCAACAAGCGCGCAAAAGCUAAAUAGUUACAAGUUUUUUYCCGAUAAUGGGACAACUGUUAUAAAAGCGCGCAUUGAUGAUCAACGAAGAGUUGGAGAAGGGAUUGGAGUUUCAAGUUUAUCUCGCAAAAGAAGAUGCGACGAUGGAUUGUCUAAUGUGGAGACAACGCCCUUCAAGAAGGUCAUCAAGCGUGGAUCACAAGAUGAUGAGUGUUACGCCAUUUCCUCUGGUUACAAACCCUUGGCAGCACAGGAACAGGAAGRGACUUUGACAACAAAUAGCGUCGAAGAACCACAAAAAAAAGGCACGCCAGCUCUUGGUUUAGCUGAAAAUAAAGUUGUUUUGGGCCGCAAGAGAACCGUCAGGGAUUUCUCUACAGAAGAGGCAACGCCCAUUAAGAAAAUCAUCACGAGCAAGGAUAAUGAUGAUGAUGAGUGUCUCAUCCCCAUUUCCACUGGAUUCAAACCCGAAAGUCUCGAGAACAAGCAGAAUAAUAAAAAGCACAUUAGCAAGGGAGCGCGCAAGGCCAGGAAGGUCCUACGAGCCGUUAGAGCAACCGUUAAGAAAGAUGCAUUUCUUAUGAAGUAUGAUCUUGGGGAGAUUCUUGGACGAGGCUCGUUUGGAACGGUCUACGCAGCUACAAGGAAAAAAGAUGGCAUUGAGGUAGCUAUCAAGUUCAUUCCCAAGGAACGAACUACACGCAAAGUCAAGAAAGAUGCAUUUCUUAUGAAGUAUGAUCUUGGGGAGAUUCUUGGACGAGGCUCGUUUGGAACGGUCUACGCAGCUACAAGGAAAAAAGAUGGCAUUGAGGUAGCUAUCAAGUUCAUUCCCAAGGAACGAACUACACGCAAAGUCAAGAUUGGCAAGAAGUCAAUUCCUGCUGAAGCUUACUUCCUCAAUAAAGCAAAUCAUCCUAACAUCAUCAAACUCCUCAAGUUUUACACCUUCCACGACUGCCAUGYYAUCGUCAUGGAAAAGCCAAGAGAGUGCAAAAACCUUCUCCAAUAUAUUGCGAGUCAAACGGAUGGGAUUAGCGACGCGGAGAUCAAACGCAUUUUACGUCAACUUGUCGAGGCUGUCGCCUAUCUGGAGGAUGAAGAGAUCUUACACAAUGACCUCAAGACGGAGAAUAUACUUGUGGACAUUAGCAAUGGUGGCAGGGUGAAGAUUGUUGACUUUGGCUUGUCGUGGGUUCUGACYGAUGARCCURUCACUGGGUUCGUAGGGACAUAUGCGCUCUGUCCUCCCGAAUACCGUGAAAAGCACGAGUACUUUGGACGYGAAGCCAAUGUAUGGUCGCUGGGCUGUAUUCUGUAUGAUAUGUUCACUGGAAAUGUGCCGUACUCUGGGCCUAACGAUGCCUCAUGGCGACCUCUGGUCCUUCCUAAACACAUCCCUAAAGGAGCUAGAAGUCUACUUCGCAUGAUGCUUGAGAAACAUCCAAUCAACCGAGCCACUCUUGAAGAUAUUUCGAAYCAUCCUUGGCUUCAAGACUCUUAG